AGUCAAAACAAUAAUGCGGGUAUUAAUACUGUUAGUCUUGGUAAGUGGAAGUCUCGCAUGUCAAAGACAACAUAUAUGUGAUGACGUUAUUCAAACAACACCCUCACCAACCAGUCCACCCCUUACACCAACCAGUCAACCCCUUACACCAACCAGUCAACCCCUUACACCAACCAGUCCACCCCUUACACCAACCAGUCCACCCGUGACGCCAACUCCUCAACCAACAAUACCUGAACCAACUGAAGAAAGUUCACAAGAGUGCCCAAUAUACACCACACCUGCCCCUGUAUGUGAAGUAACAGACGAUCCCAAAGAAAACAAAACUAUUGUCAAAGAUAUAGAUAUAGAGGAGCUACCUAAAGAACCGGAUGCUUGUGCAAAGGAAGCAUCAGAACGCGAGGAAAUGGAGAGAAUUGAACGGGAGAGGACAUUCAUAUUUGGCACAGAGAUUGGAUGGUACCCAGCGUCUUUCAUAAACCCUCUGUCACAAGAACCAGAUGGCUUUGCGCACGAUCUUAUAAGAACAGUAUGCGAACAGUGUGGAAGAAAAUGUGAAGUUGUAGUCCUACCGAAUGAUGGCCCUGGAGAAAAUAUGGAAGCUUGUCUUUCAGCAGGCACAGGUCUAAACAAUCACCAUUUUGAUGUUUGUGCUGGAGGUACACCUACAGUUCAACGUAAAAACACAUUUUCGUACAGCGCACCAUGGGGCCACCCGUUCAGAAGUAUUGCAUAUACUUUAGCAAGCAGCGAUAUAAACAGUUUAAAGGAUAUCACAUCAAAUCAUAAGAUCGGUGUUGCACGGAGCUUCUAUGCUGACAAAUACUGUUUACGUAACAAACUUGGGGUAGAUGUAAAUGAUGAAAAUCUAAUAGAGUUCAAUCUCACGUUCAAUGACUUCUGGGCGCCCAUGGUUGAUGCCUUAAAAGGCACUAGGAACGAUCUAGAGCAGGUUGAUGUAAUACUUGUAGAUUAUGAUGACGUCAUGUUUCCCUAUUCAGACACUUCGCUUCAGCGAAUAGGCGAACCAGUACAAUGUGCGGAUUCUGGUUAUAGCUUCAUGCACCGAAAGGACUUCGACUUCACCUGGUUCGAGCAGUGCCUCGGCCAAGUGGCGUACAGUGGCUACUACACAUUCUUGUGCAAUAAAUGGGGCAUCAGUGCGUAUUGUUAUACUGUUGAGGAAUUCCCCACACCACCAUGUGUCCAAGACAUGGCGGUAUGUGAUAUUGAUGGUGCAAAUGAAGCUGAUGCAGAUGAUAGAUAUGAAGACAAGAGUGAUAUAGAUGGAAAUGAAGGCUUGUGUACAGAGCUUGAAGAAUUUGAAAGAUUGGAACGUGAUAGGACUUUUACUUUCACUGGGCAAACGAUAGAUGGAUUUACUGCUCAGCUUGUAAGGGAAACAUGUGAGCAUUGUGGUAGGAGAUGUGAAUUUACGUUGUUACCGGGGAAUCCAACUGAUCGUUUUUUGGAGUCAUGCACGGCUGCAUUCAAAGGUUUGCGGAAUGGUUAUUAUGACGCAUGCAUGGAUGCAACCAAUAGCAUUUAUUUGGAGAACAUGUUUUCGUUCAGUGCACCUCUAAUGAAAAGUGAACAAACCAUAGUUGUGACCAGAUUUGACACAGGAAUUGUACAGUUUACCGAUCUUAGAUUAGAUCACAAGAUCGGUUUCGCAAAGACGUACUUCGCGAAUAAAUACUGUGUACGUUCUGAGCUUGGGUUCAACGUUUCUGAUGAAAAUGUUAUUGAACUAGAAAUCAAAGGUGGUAAUUGGAGUCCCCUGUUUUCUGCACUGAGGGAAAACAAGGUAGACGUGAUACUGAUAUCGGACGGUUCACUCCCCAACUCUGAGUUUCGGCUGGUCGGCAAGCCUUUUCAAUGUGGCUCCAGUGGAAAAGGAUUAAUGUUCAGAAAAGAUUCUGAUUUCUCCUGGUUUGAUAAAUGUUUUAAUGAACUUGUUGACAAUGAAAGGUACUACACACUCUGCAACAACUUGGGUGUAUCAUCACUUGCCUACUGUUAUGGCUUAAAGGACUAUGGACGAGUAUUCCAGGCGUAUUAGUGAAAUGAUGCUACCUUGGUUUAAUCAUCAACUCACAAGGACUCUAAUGCGAAUAUAUGUAUUUCCAUUCAGAAUAAAUAUCUUAGGAAUGAAAAUAUAUACUAUGAUCACAGAUUUUAAUAAUGUUAGAUUAGCUUUAAUAUUGAAAUAUUCAAAACCGAAGACAAAUAUAAAUGACGUCUGAUCUAUCAGAAUUAUGGUGAGGAUUGAACAGAGCCUGAAGAUAACAAUGCAAUUAUAGUUCAUGACAUCUGUUUUUAACUUUGCAAAGAACCAAUACUAAUGGGAAAUACAGUAAUGAUAAUGGAAACUCAA